AUGCCGGCAGCAAUAGCAGACGCUCCUUCUAUUUCUUUAUCAUUUGCGAAUAACUUCUGGGGCAAAGAUGACGCUGGCGUCCUGCCUAUGCUCGAGCGCAUGCACAAUGCAAAGUCAACAUGCGACGAACUAAAGGCCUUUUAUAGCACACGAGCUGCGAUCGAGGAUGAGUACGCCAGGAAACUCAUGGCACUUUGUCGCAAACCCCUUGGAGCCCACGAAACCGGGACACUCCGUUCGUCGUUGGAUACCGUCAGAGGAGAGACGGAAAUAAUAGGAAAGACUCAUUCAGCCAUUGCUGCACAGAUGAAGAGCGAGUUGGAAGAACCACUGGCCGCCUUUGCCGGAGGAAUGAAGGAGAGGAGGAAGAUUGUGCAGCAUGGCAUCGAGAAGCUUCUGAAAAUUAAGAUACAGCAGACCCAGGCUGUCAACAAGUCACGGGAUAGAUAUGAGCAGGACUGUCUUCGAAUUAAAGGCUACCUUGCCCAGGGCCACAUGGUUAUGGGACAAGAGGAGCGCAAGAACAAGGCCAAGCUUGAAAAAACCCAAAUACAGCUGGCCGCAAACAGUAGUGAAUACGAAGCUGCAAUUAAGAUACUAGAAGAUACCACUGGCCGCUGGAAUAAGGAGUGGAAGGCUGCUUGCGACAAAUUCCAAGAUCUAGAAGAGGAAAGACUCGACUUUUCAAAGAGUAGUCUGUGGAAUUAUGCCAACAUUGCGUCAACCGGAUGCGUUAGUGAUGAUGCUUCUUGCGAGAAAAUCCGUGUCUCCCUUGAGAGCUGUGAGGUUGAGAAGGAUAUCGCUUCCUUCAUUAAAGAAAGAUCGACAGGACAGGAGAUACCGGAUGCUCCCAAAUACAUCAACUUCUGUCGCGGUGACCUGAACGACAACGCUUCCGAGACAUCGGAGGAGGAAAACUAUUCAGUUGCACAGUUCCAGCGCACCAUCAACCCGGCAUACAGAAGCUCGUCACCCCAGCCUUCGACAUAUGAAUCCCACCAUGACCCUCAUUCAGACCUUGCACAGCAUAUGAUCCCAACUGCUCCAUCGGUCCAGUCGAGCCGUGAGAACACAGCUACGCCCCAAAAGAAGCCCUCUGCUCCUCCUCCAGCUCCGGCUGCCCUUGCACCGGCACCGGCACCCGCGCCUGCCCCUGCCCCGGCCCCUGCCCCUGAACCGCGCAGAAAGCAACAUGUUCCUCCCAACUACCAACCAAGCCAACAUGGUGAUAUUCCUACUAAUAUUCCACACAACGAAUAUCCAGCCGAUGGUAUGACCAUGUUCUGCCGUCCAGGACCACCGUCGGAAAGAAGUUCUGUUAGGCCAUCAAGCAGGGAUUCGCAGAGUGAUUACUCUAAUCCUACCUCUUUCUCUAGCAUGGAGCCACCAAGCGGAUAUCAAUCUCCAAUUAAAUAUGCACCUCCUGUUUCCCAGCCUGCCCCUGCGCCAGCUCCCGCCCUGGUGCCAGCUCCAGCCCCAGUCCAAGUCCAAGCCCCAGCUCCGGUACCUGCACCUGCACCUGCACCUGCACCAGCUCCUGCUGCCAUGACACCUACAAAAGAGGUCCAGAAAAAGAGGAGCGCUUUCUUUAGCAACAGCCCAUUCCGUAGGAAGAGCAAACAUGAAAAGGAACGCCGAGCAGAGCGAGCAGAGCCAGCAGCCCCAGCCCAAGCUCCAGCCCCAGUGCAAAAUCGCAGAACUUGGGCAGCGCCCCCUAAGCAGACAAGAGUUAUCAUGGCAACUCAAUCUGAUCUAGGACCUAGUCGACAUGCAGCUAGCCCCGAGCCGGUAGAUCCUCGAGCGAAUUUCCAGCUUAAUGUUGGGAAUAACGUGUUUGACGUGGCAUCCCCUGACGCCAAUAGGGGAAACAAGGCAGCCAAAUCUGCUAAUGAUGAGCUUGACCCAAUUGCCCAGGCCCUUGCUGACUUGAAGGGCGUUGGAAAGCAGGCAUCUAUACGCGUAUCUGUUGAUAGAUACGCCGGCAUCACAAGCCCAGCUCCUCCAGCUGCGCCUGCAACUGCUCCUGCCCCAGCUCCUGUCAGUGCUUCUGCACCAACGUCAGCCCGACCAUCUACUUCCUCCCAGCGCGAGACACCUCCACCAUCAUACAAAGAUAUGCCAGUUAAACGCUUGGAUGCCCCAUCACCAGCAUUUACUGCUGCACAGAUGCAUAAAACAACCCGCAAGUAUGUAGGCCAAACCCAAAGCCUUUUCAACAAGCCAGUCCGCACAAGAGAAAGGGCCAAUACCGUUGAUCAUGCCGUUCCACGAGCCACGUCCCCUGCCCCUAAGAGAAGCCCAAGCCCCCAACCACCACAAAACACCAAUACCCGCCCAGCGCCUCAGUUCAACAAUGCUCCACAGCCAAGCACCCCGGCAUAUAAGUCCGAGAGCAUGAACAGUAGAUAUAGGCACUCGGUAUCCGUCACACCAACCAAGAUCGUCCGUGAGCCGUCCCGUUCUCCACAAUAUUCCCGUCAAGCUUCUCCAAACGAUAUACGGCAUGAGGUACGCAAUGAGUCUCGAACAGAAGUUCGAAGCACUGUCCGAAAUGAUGUACGAAAUGAACCCCCGCGGAAUGAGGUGAGACAGGAGGCUCGAAAUGAACCACCACGGAACGACGUUAGGCAUGAGGUACGAAAUGAACCACCACGGAAUGACGUUAGGCACGAAGUACGGAAUGAACCACCACGCAACGACGUGAGACAAGAUAUGCGUAACGAGGUACGCAACGAAGUCCACAACGAGCCACCACCAAAUGAAGUGAGGCACGAUAUCAGACGAUCCGCCUCUCCUCAGCCGCAGUUUAGACGACAGGAGCGGCCAGCAAGCGCCAGUGGAAUGGAACUCCAGCUCUCAUCCAACGAGAUGAACCCACAUGUUGGAGGGCAAAAUGAUGGCUAUACUGCGUAUCAAGGCGGAUAUCAAGGCGGUAAUGCAUAUGGACAUCACCAUCACCAUCAGCAGCAGCAACGUCCUCAUUCCAUGUAUUACGGUGCUCCACCCGAUCAAGGCUAUGGCAGUCAAGAUCAACAAUCGAGUAGCAGAAGCGUGGUAAUGGCAGAAGCCCCACAACUUAGCCGUGAUGGCAGGCCAGUGAUGCAUUUCGCCCGCGCAAUGUACUCUUACUCCGCAGCCAUCCCCGAAGAACUUGGGUUUGCGAAGGGAGAUAUUCUUGCCGUUCUCAGACAUCAAGACGAUGGAUGGUGGGAAGCAGAAGUCACCAGCCAGGCGACUCGCCCAGGCCUAGUGCCCAGCAACUACCUUCAACCUUGCUAA